GACACCGGCUUUGGCGGGGCUACCACGGGAGGAGGAGGGGUAUUGAGUCAUAGCUCCUUACAAACAUGUUUCUUUGUUCCUCGUUUUAUUAUCGUACGAAUCAUUAUUUCCUCCCUUAAAUAGAACCAGCUUCUCCUUCAGUUUCUUCUUAGACAUCGUCUCUGUCCUUAUCUCACCAAGAUAUCAUAUAUCACUCAUACAAAUCUCACACGCUCUUCACAUCAACAUCAUAAUGGCUCCAACUAUCCACCUCGUUCGCCACGCUCAAGGCUUCCACAACCUCUCGAUCGAGAAUGAGCAAUUGCAAGACCCAGAUUUGACUCCCCUUGGCGAGGAGCAAUGCGCUGCACUUCGCAAGGAGUUCCCUUACCAUGACAAGCUUACAAAGCUUUUUGCCUCACCCAUGCGCCGUACGGUGUAUACCUGUCUCCACGCGUUCGGAACCGAUGAGCUCAAGCCCAUUGUCACAUUUCCUGAGUUUCAGGAGGUCUCAGCCAACCCCUGCGAUAUUGGUUCGCCCGUGGCCAAGGUCAAGGCUGAAUUCGAGGGAAUCGCUGACUACUCGAACGUAGAGGACUCGUGGACUGAUAAGGGUCCUGGGAGUGAGUAUGAGCCUACACUAGAGAAGACGACGGCUCGUGGACUUAAGGCCAGAAAGAUAUUGAGGGAUCGUGUGAGUGGCGACGAACACAUUGUUGUCGUCUCCCACGGAGGAUUCUUGCAUUUCUUGACAGAUGACUGGUACGGUGUGCCUGAAGAGAGAGCUACCGGUUGGUCAAACUGUGAGUAUCGUUCAUACCAGUUUGUCGACCCUACCGGCAAAGACGAAGACGCUGCGCUCCUCGAGACACAGGAGAGCUGGCAGCGACGCCAGGGAGAUACCAAGCCUCCUUCUCUGACAGAGCUUCGACAGAUCAAAUCUGCUGCGCAGAAGCAGAUGGCUCCUUAUCUGAAUCUCGUAGUGCCAAACUAGAUGUCUGAGGACCUUGUUACGACUGGGGCCGGGAUAGCGCAUGAAGAGAUCUCCUUUCACAACGCAUCGCCCGUCGUCAGUUGACCAGAAGGCUAUACAAGUAUAGACUUAGUCUUCAGAAGAUUAAUCUCUGGCUUCUGGAUGUUUGAGGUCCAUGAGUUUCCAGUUCCUGAGGGCCAUUAGAGGAUUUCCAGUUACUUCAGGGUACACUGAAUGUUUCUGUUGUCUGUACCCGUUCAUAGAGGAUCGCAAGGGUAAAACUAGACAUACGAAUAGAUAGACUUUAGAAGA